AUGUGCGAGUGGACCGACGUCUACCACCGCCGCUGCGGCCACUGGUCCAUCCCCACUCUCCUAAACCCCUGCCCCGCCUGCCGCCACGUCAACGGCCACCCCGUCAGCUGUCUCUUCCCCAUCAAGAACGGCAUGGUCACUCACGAAGGGAAAUGCCCCGCCUGCGAAAAUAAGCGCACCGGGCUCGCCGUCUUGCACCAUGCGCUCAGGAAGAUCGUCGUCCGUCGACGCGUUCGGAAGAUGGUUCGUGUCGAGUGGUCAGAUGCGUUUCCGGCGGAUACCGCGGACACCGCCGCGGACCGCGAUGUGGCGGAUACGGCGCUGCCGCGCUGCUGGGAAUCGAGCGGUUCGCCCCAGAGGGGGCGGAAGCUUAGCUGCUCGAUUAAUUGGCGGGUGGUGUCGUUCCCGACCUCGAGACCGGAGCUGCAGACAUCGUCGUCGACGCGCGCGGCGGCGAUGAGGUUCGAUAUGGAUGUUCGGAAGCAUAUGCGAGGAAUUCGACGCGAGAAGACCUUGUAG